AUGCACAGUGAGGUUCCACGUGAGCGCCCGCGUUUCUUCUCAAACCUAACGAUGCCGCCGGAACGGAGGAAACGAAUGAAACCCGACCGGAGGGCCGCGGCGAGGCCGAACCGGAAGAGCCGAUUGAGGCCGGACCGUAGAGCCCGAGCGGGGCCGGGCGGGCCGCCCCGAAAGGCUGCCCCUUCAUCCCAGCGGAAACCGCCGGCCCGGGCGGGCGCGGCGGCCGCUGCGGUCGCAGUCGCGGCGGCGGAGGAGGAGAGACGGCUCCGGCAGCGGAACCGCCUGGCGCUGGAGGAGGACAAACCCGCCGUGGAGCGGUGCCUGGAAGAGCUGGUCUUCGGCGACGUCGAGGACGAUGAGGACGCGCUGCUGCGGCGUCUGCGGGGCCCGCGGGUUCAAGGACAUGAAGACUCAGGUGACUCAGAAGGGGAGAAUGAAGCAAAAGAUAAUUUUCCAACUCAGAAGAAGCCAGUUUGGGUGGAUGAAGAAGAUGAAGAUGAGGAAAUGGUUGACAUGAUGAACAAUCGGUUUCGGAAAGAUAUGAUGAAAAAUGCCAGUGAAAGUAAACUUUCAAAAGACAACCUUCGGAAGAGACUUAAAGAAGAAUUUCAGCAUGCCAUGGGGGGAGUACCUGCCUGGGCAGAUACAAAUAAGCGGAAAACAUCUUCAGAUGAUGAAAGUGAAGAGGAUGAAGAUGAUUUGUUGCAAAGGACUGGGAAUUUCAUAUCCACAUCAGCUUCUCUUCCAAGAGGAAUCUUGAAGAUGAAGAACUGCCAACAUGCUAAUGCUGAACGUCCUACUACUGCUCGAAUCUCAUCUGUGCAGUUUCAUCCUUGUGCACAGGUUGUGAUGGUUGCUGGAUUAGAUAAUGCUGUAUCACUAUUUCAGGUUGAUGGAAAAACAAAUCCUAAAAUCCAGAGCAUCUAUUUGGAAAGGUUUCCAAUCUUUAAGGCUUGUUUUAGUGCUAAUGGAGAAGAGGUUUUAGCCACGAGUACCCACAGCAAGGUUCUUUAUGUCUAUGAUAUGCUAGCAGGAAAGUUAAUUCCUGUGCAUCAAGUGAGAGGUUUGAAAGAGAAGAUAGUGAGGAGCUUUGAAGUCUCCCCAGAUGGGUCCUUCUUGCUCAUAAAUGGCAUUGCUGGGUAUCUUCAUUUGCUAUCAGUGAAGACCAAAGAACUGAUUGGUAGCAUGAAAAUUAAUGGAAUGGUUGCAGCAUCCACGUUCUCUUCAGAUAGUAAGAAAAUAUAUGCUUCUUCGGGGGAUGGGGAAGUUUACGUUUGGGAUGUGAAUGCCAGGAAGUGCCUUAACAGAUUUGUUGAUGAAGGCAGUUUAUAUGGAUUAAGCAUUGCCACAUCUAGGAAUGGACAGUAUGUGGCUUGUGGUUCUAAUUGUGGAGUGGUAAACAUAUACAAUCAAGAUUCUUGUCUCCAAGAAACAAACCCAAAGCCAAUAAAAGCUAUAAUGAACUUGGUUACAGGUGUUACUUCUCUGACCUUCAAUCCUACUACAGAAAUCUUGGCAAUUGCUUCAGAAAAAACGAAAGAAGCAGUCAGAUUGGUUCACCUCCCUUCUUGUACAGUAUUUUCAAACUUCCCUGUUGUUAAAAAGAAGAAUAUUUCUCAUGUUCAUACCAUGGAUUUUUCUCCCAGAAGUGGAUACUUUGCCUUGGGGAAUGAGAAGGGCAAGGCCCUGAUGUAUAGAUUGCAUCAUUACUCAGACUUCUGAAGAUUAUUUGAAAUCCAGUUGAGCCACAAGAGAAACCCGUCCUGAUAUAUCUUCCCAGAAACUUUCCUGAAUGUGUGAUAAUAUAUGAUUAAUGAUUUUUAUAGGGUCAGCUAUGCUUAAGUUAACAGCAGUGUCUUAAUAAACAUAUGGCAGCUUUUGUUUGAA